AUGUCCAACGAUCCGACAGCCCGCCGGCUGCUCCCGCAGACCUCACAGAUGGGCUCGUUUUCUUUCGCACCACCAGCUUAUCAGCACCAGCCACGUGAAACCCAAAAGAAUUACGUCUUCGUCGAUGAGCACAACCGACAUAAGCGAUUGAAAGCAACGACCAACACCUGGCCCUGCUCUGCAUGCAUCCGUCUGAAGCUGCACUGUGUGCGUCCGAACGGCUUUGACAGCUCCGACUCACAAGCAUACGAUGCACCACACUCCCAAUUCGAGGCCUCACAUGUUCCCGACAACUUCCGUCAGCAACUACCCCUUCAAGACCAGCAGCACCUUCUCUCCCAUGCGCCCAAGCCAGGGCCCGUCUACCCGCAGCAGACUUACCAAGAUACUUCUGGUCUCUACCAUCCGGUACAGUAUGGGGAACCUCAGCCUGUGCCACACGACCUUCAGUAUGGGGCCGUGCCUCAUCACCCCGUCGCCGCUGUCGACCAGCAGUACGCCGCGCAGACUGCUGCGUUUCCGACGCCCCCGAUGCAGCAUGCGCCCAAUCCCGGAUCUCCAGAGGACACUUUUCAGUCCGAGUACGCCCAACAAGACUUGGCGAAUCUCCUGGGUUCCUUGAAGGUGAAUGAGGCGGGGACAGCACCAUAUCUUAACAGCAAAAUGCAGUCUAGCAGGGACGAAGAGCCGGCUGUGGAGGAUGGCGACGAAUACAAGACGUUCCUGCCCCCCCUAACGGCAGGGCCAGGCCUAAAGAUCCGAAUCCCCCCGGAGCUGAUGCCAGACGACGACACGGUCCUCCACUAUCUCGACCUCUACUUUGUCAAUGCUCACCCCUACGUUCCGGUCCUCGACAAGAGCUACUUUUACCACCAAUGGCACAACAACCGGGAGUCCAUCUCCCCGCUUCUUCUUGAGGCCAUGUUUGCCAUCGCAGGCCGUCUCGCAGACGAGCCCGCACAAGGCCAGCAAUGGCUAGCGCUCGCAACACGUAUGAUGGCCGUCAUUUCUGGCCAUGAUGAUUCUUUUGAAGGCGAGGGAAUCGGCGCCGAAGAAGGGUUAUUAUUACCGAUCAUGGAUGAGCAUCGUGCAGCCGGUAGACCAUGCGGUGGAAGUCAGGUAGAGUGCGAGCUCAAGGAUCGGAUCUGGCAGACUCUAUUUGUGGUCGAGUUGAUGGUUGGAUCCCCGCAAGGUCGAACCGACUUUCAGAUCGAAGAAGACAGCGUCAACUUCGACAUUCCGCGGCCGAUACCGAACGGUGACGAAAGCGAACACCAGAUCUCACGUAACUUCACCUACCUUACCAGGAUUGUUCGCUCGGUCGGCCGGAUGGCAAGAACCUAUGGGCGGCUCAAAAAGAGCAAAGAAUGGGGCAUCAACCCGGAGUUUGCACAACUCGAUCCGUCUCUGGACGCCUGGUUGGCCGGACUCCCCGCCGACUUGACACUCACCUACCCGGCAGAUGAAUCGCCGCCUUGGAUACCUUCAGCCUUUGUCGGCAACCUUCAUUCGUACUACUACCUGUCGAUCAUCCUGUACAACAGACCAUCAUUGGCCGUCCUAACACCGUCGACGCCUGGGGGACAAUGGAAGCAACAUAUGCUGGUCUCGUACAACGCGGCCAAGAUGCUCUGCAGGCUACAAGAAGCGGUUGUGAACUCGUUUGGGCUGAAUGGGCUGCAGUGCAUGCAGAGGGGGAUUAACUUUACCAUUUAUGCCGUGCUUGGUUGCAUCGUGAUACACCUAGUCGCCAUAACAUCGCCGGAUCCAGAUUUGAACUCGCAGGCCAGAGACUACUUUACGCGGCACAUGAGGAUUCUGGAGAAGUGCAUGGGCGCGUGGCCCAUGCCCGACAUGCAAAAGCAGAUCGACUCGGUCCGGGAGGCCUUCUCGGCCGACGUGAGGAAGCCGUUCGUCCUGAAGCCGACCUUCCCGUACGGCAGCCCGCACUCGGCGACGCACCCCAGCCCGCCCGGCCGACCGCUGGAUUCGCAAAUGUCGCACUCGCAAGUUAGUUACAUCAACCACCCCCUGACACCCGUUUCGGUCGGCCCCCAGGACGGCAAGAGUGAAUCGCCCGUCGUGCAGUCGCUAACCACGAUGGCUUCGGUUCGCGGUCCUCAGACGUCCGGUGUCUCGCAGACCUUGCCGUUGUCCGAAGCACCCACCUGGAAUCCCUCGCGCAUCUUUGACCAAUGGAACACAUCAUUCGGCGCGCCCUCGAUCCAGCCGUCGCCGCCCGCGGCGGCACCGACGCAGGCGAGCUCCCUGAGCGUGGCCUCCUCCGGGGGCGUCUCCCCGAGCCUUCAGGAGAUGCACGCCGUCCAGGGCCAGCUCCGUCCGGGGGCACAGCUGCCGCUUCCGCCGUACGCGUCCGCGCAGGCGCAGACGUUUGUGACGCCGGCCAUGUGGCAGGAGUCGGUGGCGAGUGUCUAUGAGGGCGGCCUCAAGCGGGCGUGGGAUUAUGAUGCCCAUCUGCCCGUCAAACGACACUGA